UUGACUUCAGAUUGGCAUAAAUGAAGUUGACAGUAAAAUAACAAUAGCAAAUUUGAUUAAAAAUUCUACUCAUUUUGCAUAAUUGACCAUUUUGUAAAGAAAGAAAGAGUGAACGCACUUUUGAUUGAAAAGAUAUCAGUGAAUAUUUUUUGCAAGUUUUUUUUGUUAAGCACAUCAAACUCUUUCUUGUUUUUGGUCUUUUAUUUUUUAAAACGAGUCCAAAACAUGUACGAGUACAUUGUAGCCGGAGUUUUGGUCAUUUUUACUUAUUUGUUCUGGAAAAAGUCCCGAACUUCCAAACUCCCACCUGGACCCAUCUGUUUACCUGUGAUUGGAAACCUGCAUAAUGUGUCGUUCGAUUCUAAUUUCACCUCUAAAAUGCAGAACUUACACAAGAAACAUGGUCCGAUUAUUUCACUCUCGUUUAUCGGGCUGAAUAUCUGGGACGUGUGGAUUGAUUCGUAUGAGAUGAUCCGAGAAGUGCUGCACGACUCCCGAUUCGCGAACCGAACCAUCUUCGGUCUUUUCGAGUUUCUCGGAAACGGCUACGGUGUGGCGUUCUCAUCGGGGGAGGUGAGUCGGGCAAAGAGACGACUGGUGUUGACGACUCUGAGACACUUCGGGGUGGGGAAAACAGUGUUCGCACAGGGCAUAGAGCAACAGAUUGAGAUGAUGUUGCAGCACAUUGAAACAAAGAGACGCGAAAAUAGACCACUUUAUCUCCAGGGGGUGAUGGCAAUGACUACAAACAAUGUGAUCAUGAAGCUGCUGUUCGACAUUUCCAAUGAGUUCGAUGACCCCAACUUCGUCCAGUCUCAUCUGAGACUGAACAGAGUGUUCUAUUUGUUCAACCCCACCCUCCUUAUAUGGCUGCUACCCUACUGGAUAAGCAGACACAUGGCACAGACUAAAGAGCUGAAAGAGCUGCGAUUUGGUUUUAUCAACGAGAUGAAAGAAUUCUUCGAGGCGCGGAAGCCGAAAGACGAGAAAGAGUUUCUGACCGAAGAACCGAUCUGCGUUGCCGACUAUAUAUGGCGCGACUUGAUGCAAUAUAAAAAUGAAGCGUACCCAUUUCCAGAACACGAUAUCCCAUUCAUUCUCACUGAUAUGUUCAUGGCCGGACAGGAGACCACAACUAUGACCCUUUCAUGGGCCAUAAUGCAUAUGAUGUAUCAUCCAGAUAUCCAGGAUAAAAUCUACGAGGAGCUGAAAGCUGAGUUUCCAGAUAAGUCACAAAUAAUACCUUUGAGUGGCUUGAACACCUGUGAUUUCACGCGUGCGACAAUUCAAGAGGUGCAGCGUGUCACACCCGUGCUUUUCAGCACAAUCGAUCACACAGCGAGUGAGACAGUCGAGGAUUUUCACGGAUUUCGAAUCCCGAAAGGAACCCGAAUGAUGCCGAACCUGUCGCCCAUGUAUCACAACCCGAAAUUGUGGAAGUUUCCUGAUGAUUUCAACCCCAAAAAUUUCCUUGACGACGAAGGAUAUUCAGGUAAAUUCGAGAAGAACAUGUACCUGAUGCCGUUCUCAGUGGGAACCAGAGCUUGUCCGGGCGAAAACAUUGCCAAGAUGGAACUGUUUCUGGUAUUCGCUAACAUAUUAAGGAGGUACAAAGUCACCCCUGCGGGGGGAAAGCUACCAAAUAUGGCGCCACAUGUUGGAUUUGUGAACGAACCGGAAUACUAUGAAGUGAAUGUGGAACCACGCGAUUGAACGUGAAACAUAAAGGAUGUAAAAUCCAGAAGAAUUGAACUCAAUUAAAUUGCAUUAUUUACUCAGAGUUUUGACCACUUUUAGAUUUUGUACCAGAAAACUCAGAGUAACAUUGGUUUGUAUUGAAAA